CAACUGCAACCAUAAAAUACAGCCACUAGUAGAAUGCCAGAGCAAUACUAGAGAUCCUGAGAAUAUCGGUGACUACUUCAAAAUGAUACUCAGUCAAAUAAACGGUAUAACAAUACGAAUAAUGAAGGAGAGCAACUACGAAAUCGUGAAACCUUUCAUGAAGGAUUACUUCCAUUACGACGAGCCUAUGGGCAUAGGCCUCCAAGAGCAAAUUCAUCUGCAAAAUGAGGCAGAGGUCGAUAGGGAAUACCUGUCCGUGAUCAGGCAAGGUCUUUCCAUAGUGGCCUUCGAUGAAAACAACAAACAUCUUCUGGUUGGCAUUGCCGUGGACGAGAAAAUGGACCCCAACAUAAUGGAGAAACAACACAAGGAGGCCGCGGAAAUGGAGCCAAAUGCCUUGGGUAGAAGCCGGAAAAUGGUAGCCAAGGUGGAGCGGGAUGCCAACAUCUUUGAGCGCUGCGGUGUCCUCACAUACUUGAGUUUAAUAGCCAUCUCCGUACACGCCUCGAUGAGGGGAAAAGGUCUAUUGGGCCAACUUAGCAUUUGUUUGAUGAACCUUGGUCGCUCUCGGGGAUUCCCCCUUUUUAUUGGCUGCAGCAGCAGUUACUACUCGGCUCGAACGGCCAUGAACCAAGGGCUCGAGUGCAUCCACUCACAGGCAUAUGCCGACUACAAGGACGAUCAGGGCCGUCCGAUAUUUAAUCCACCAGCUCCACAUACCCAUAUGCGGGUCGUGGCUGCCAAACUCUGAUAGCUCUUUUUGAAAAAAGUUAAAAGAGUGGUUAAUAUUAUGGUAGUCUUAGUUACGGUGUAAACACAAAAAUAAAGAAUAAAUAUUCGUUUUAGUUUAAUUUAAGUAUACACAUAAAGAAACUCUUUGGUAAAAUAGACCAAUAUAAUUGUAAAAUGGGACAAACCAAUCGAAUCUUCAGUUUUAU